UUAUCACUGAAAAUGGCAGGCCGAUUGCGCACUAAUCACUUUUCAAAUCGAAAUAAAGUGUUUUAUAAGUAUUACACAGUGUUCGACGUUGUCUAGAAGACGGGCUAUUUUCGGAAUCGGAAUGUCGUCGACGUCACUGUCGGGGAGGAAACUGGUAAGCACGCUGCUUGAAACGGACCACUACGAGAGCCUGAUAAAGGAACUGACAUGCACCAAGUGUCGCAAGUACAUGAAGCCUCCAAUUUGGCUAUGUGUCGACGGUCAUAGCGUUUGCGGUCUCUGCUACGAGAAGAGCUACCAAUGUCAUGUUUGCAAGAAAGAAUUCUCCCAAAUUCGGCCAAUGGUGCUCGAGUCCUUAGCCAACAAAGUGCUGUUCCCGUGCACGAAUAGCGGAUGCCCCAAGCACGCGACGCUGCCUCAGCUGGAAAGGCACGCCCCGCACUGCCAGUACAGAAUUAUCAACUGUUUUAUGUCCAGAGUUUAUGGUGAUUGCAAAUGGGAAGGUCGAGCUGGUGAGUGGAUGGACCACUGCUUCGUGGAUCACAAACAGAAAGUGACGGACCUACCCUUCAUCACAGUCAGGGAUAGAUGGGACGCGAAGAGAACCGAGCCCGUGUUGAACUAUUUCCUUCUGAGGUGUUAUGAGAAGGUCUUCAAUGUGUAUCAGAUUUAUGAUAAAAGAGGAGGAAGGAUGAUGUGGACGGUGCUGGUCAACGAUGACAAUGCAGAAAAAUUCUACUUCGAAGUGGAUCUAUUUCUCCCCAACGUACCCAGCAAAAGGAUUGUUUACAGACGACCUUGUAAGUGCGAGAAGGACGCCGACUUCUUGGAGCACACCCAAAAUGUUUACAUUCCCGUAGAAAAUGUCUUCUCUAUGCUCGAUGAAAACGAAAGCACGAACUUUACAGUUCGCAUAGGUGAAGUAGAAAACCUACCUCUGCUGGAAGCACCGACUCAGAGUGAAAGUCUAAUUUUCCUGAAUGAAGAUCAAAAAGAUGAUAUAAUGGCAUAAAAGUUGUACUAGACACUAUAAAAAUAUUAUAAGGAGCGUUAACACGCGAUA